GAAAUGGCGGCUCCGCUGGGAGGUAUGUUCUCUGGGCAGCCUCCCGGACCCCCACCCCCGCCGCCGGGACUCCCGGGUCAGGCUUCGCUCCUUCAGGCCGCGCCAGGAGCUCCGAGAUCUUCUCCCAGUACCUUGGUGGAUGAGUUGGAGUCAUCUUUCGAGGCUUGCUUUGCCUCUCUGGUGAGUCAGGACUACGUCAAUGGCACGGAUCAGGAAGAAAUUCGAACUGGUGUUGAUCAGUGUAUCCAGAAAUUUCUGGAUAUUGCAAGACAAACAGAAUGUUUUUUUCUACAAAAAAGAUUGCAGCUAUCUGUCCAGAAACCAGAGCAGGUCAUCAAAGAGGAUGUCUCAGAGCUGAGGAAUGAAUUGCAGCGGAAAGAUGCUCUGGUCCAGAAGCACUUGACCAAGCUGCGGCACUGGCAGCAGGUGCUGGAGGACAUCAACGGGCAGCACAAGAAGCCAGCUGACAUCCCUCAGGGCUCCUUGGCCUACCUCGAGCAGGCGUCUGCCAACAUCCCUGCGCCUAUGAAGCAGACCUGAGUAGAAGCUGCCUGAAAGUGUCACUUCUGGGUGGCGUGACAUUUUGGGAGAACUCUGCCAGAAAACAAGAUGAUCUUAGUUGCAUGCUCCCACCUAAAAUAUUCCCCCCUAUUUUUAUAAGCUCUUAUUUUUUUUAUUACUUUAUAAAAUGUGUAGCGCUUUGGUAAACCAAGUAAAUAUGUUCGUUUUUAGCAACGUUUAAACUGUUAGUGUGAUGCCACUAACAUUCUUUUUAAAGUUUUUUUCCCCUGCUUUUUAUUUUUAAAAUUUUUGUGUAACUUUUAAUCUCUGUAUUUCUAAUUUAAGAUUAGUGUAUAUAAUUUGAGGAAAAACAGCCUGUCUGCUCUGAUCUGUGAAUCAGAGGGUGAGGAUCUGGGUUGUAGGCCUUUUUUGUUAAUCACCCCCAGUGGUGGUAGGUAAUAGCACGUAAAUUUGCCAUUUCAAGACUCUGAACUACCUCAAGAAGAGGAAUCUAAUGCAGCAAUGUCUGUAAUGCUUCCAGAGCUCUCAGAAUGAGGUAUUUUGUAAAUAGGUCAAAGAGGAUUGUUAUGUCCUAGUUUAGUGUAGAAAUAUUAUUACAGUGGGAUCCUUAAGUUGAUGUUGACUUUUAUUUGGGGUGAGUUUAUACUUUGUGUGAUAUAUGUUUACUUUUGGGGUUGGGGGGCUGCAGUAGGAGCAGUGAUGUAAAUUUUGUUUUCUUCUGCAGUGAUGAAUCAGUCUGAGUAGCAGACCCUGUUCCCAGUAGCAUGACUGGGGCAGAAGUAAAGUGUGGGGAUUCAGACUCACUGCGAUAGUCUCUUGUUUUGAGUUUUGUUUGCUUGUGUGAUUUGUGUUUUGCUUUUUUGGAGCAGGAAUUUUCCAUAAAGUAAGGUUCUUGCUAAUGGAUGUACUGAUUCCAAGGGACAGGGCCUCAGGUGGGGAGUGGCCUGCAGGGUGACCCUCAGUGACUUACUCUCCACAAAGGGCAUGUGGAGCCUCAGCGUUUGGGAAGAUGGUUUAUUCUCUCGUUGGUCACACAGCCCAAUACGAUUCUUGAUUGAUCUGCUGCUGAGAAGUACAGACUGGUGCUUGUCUGGCUCUCCCUGAACAAGGCCCUCUUUUCUUGGUUGUUUAGUCUCUGACUAGGUUACACCCCUUUACCCUAAACAAACACCCUACUGUCUUCUGAACAGGCAGUACCUCUGGGCCUUGGUGUCUUGACUCAUUUUGUUUCUCCAGGCUUGGAGGCCCCUCCCCACUCCCAUCGACGUCCACUCAUGGUGCCAUCUGGCCUGGAUGCUACCUGGUCCCUGAAGCCCCCAAAUGCCCUCCUGCAGACUCUCCACCCCACCGCAGGACACACAGGAGUUCUUGUCUCCUACCAACCUUGCUUGGUGCUCCCUCGAGGGUUAGUAAUUUGUAUCUGUCUCUGUGCCCCUCAUGAGAAUUAGGCAUCGUUUUCCUCUGAAUAUAGGGAUCAUGUAUUACUGAUCUUUUAUACAGAGUGGUACGUAUUACCCAUUUUUGUUUGUGCAUGUGUGGUAUACAGCUUGAGGUGAGUGAAUCCCCUCAAUGAACAUGCAUUAAAGCUUUGGGUUAAACAAAGCUUUUAAGAUUGUUUUUUCUCACAUUAUUUGACUUCAAGGUUGUUAACCUGGCCAUCUUGUGCUGAUUAGAAGCUCUGAUUGGCAGCUUUGGGUUUCUUCGUUAAAAAUUGAAAUAAACUGAUUAAUAAACUG